CUUUGGUCUCUCUUACACAUCACCCAUGGCGCAAAAGCUAGGCUCUGCUUUGGUUAGAGGGUUCUUCUUUCUCAUCCUCCCUAUCCUCACAUUCACUCUAGGCCACGAGGCAUUAGAGCAAAGGCUUGAUUCAGGAAGACCUCUUCCAAUCGUCUUCAUUGGUGAAAAAGGGGGAACAUACAAAUGCAUACAAACAUCAAUGAACUUCAGGAGCCAGGGACAUAUUACGACCCUGACUAAAGUAGGAGCAGCCCACACUAUGGCAGCCCACACUAUGCAGGAAGGGCACGAGUCCCUAGACGUUCAUGAUCUGGGUGGAUCUGUUACUGUCUUUGUGACCUUAUAUGCUCAUCAACCCACCAAAGACUUUUUCAUCGUGGCAUCCUCUCAUUUCACAAGGCCUGUUCUCGCCACCACUGCAAUUCUUCACUGCUUCGGCUCCAAAAUCCCUCCUUCCAAGCCACUACCUAAUUGCCCAACAUGUCAUGUUCACUGGUCCAUACAGCGAGCCAGUACAAUCAGAUUGAAUUUGAUAGCAAAUGCAGCGAGGCCUAUUCCUCAAGGCUCAUCACAUUACAGGUCAAUACCAAUUGUCAGGAUACUUGUUCUGGAGAAUACAGCCGCUGAAACAAAGCCCUGCACCAACAAGAAAUUCCCUGCUGAAACAGAGCCCUUCCCUGCUCAAACAAAACCCUGCGCUCACAAGAAAUCCCCUGCUGAAACAGAGCCCUGUAGCCACGUUGUUCAUGUCCUUCCUCGCAUCCGCAGGCUGCUUGGUAAACUACCAGAUGUUAAUGUCCAUUCUCCAGCGUCAACCUCAAAUGAGAACAGCUGGAAUUUGGAUAAGGUCGACCCGCCGAGCCCUCCAGCCCCAAGUGGCAACCCACCCAUCCAUGAAUAAGGUUUAUUUUGUACUAGUUAUAUUUCAUGUAUGCUCAUGGUGGUUUUGUUCAAAUUAGUACUUACUGAUGCCGCUUUUUCUUCCCAGCUUGGUGUAGCCAUUAGCACUUUAGCAGUACUGGUUUCAAAGCUUCGUGCUGGCAGUUCAUGGAGAAUAAAAGCAUUAUCCCCACUAACGGCGGAAGAUAGUACCAGUACUUAUAUUUCCGUGGGAUGCUACUCCACUAAUUCCUCGUCUUAGGGGAAUCCAGUGCAUAUGCUUGAAGAUUUCGUUUUUGUUUUGUAUCUGUUCUAGUAAUCGCGUUGCGGAUUUGAUUUUCUGUUCUAAGGGGUGUUUUCGUCUGUUUUUGGGUCUACAUACCAUCAGAUGGUCUUGUAUCUUUGCUUUGAGAUCUAGGGUUCUGUCCAGCGCACCUGUUAGAAUAAGCUUGUUCUACCAAU